AGCCACUCCACACACAGCUCAAAGAGCAGCCCGCAGCCGCGCAGCCAUGCUUACCCUCCCGCCUCCACUCCCUCCCGCAACCCACCCACCCCGCGCCCGCCAUGCCGUGGACAAAGUCGUUCAAGAUGACGGGCCUGCAGCCUGCGAUGCCCGAGUGCUGGGGCCACCGCGGCGCCUCGGCCACCUUCCCGGAGAACACGAUUGCCUCGUUUGAGCGUGCCGUGCGCGACGGCUCCGAGGGCCUGGAGAGUGACGUGCACGUCACGAGCGACGAUGUCAUCGUCAUGUUCCACGACCCCUCGCUCGAGCGCACCACGGACGGCUCGGGCCUCAUCCGCGAGCAGGCGUGGGCCGGCGGCAUCGAGCACCUGCGCACCACCGCCGAGCCGCGCCAGCAGAUCCCGACGUUCAACCAGGUGUGCGACCUGCUCAUGAAGCCCGAGAACAUGCACGUCAAGCUCAACAUCGACAUCAAGCCCGACAACGACCCAGAGCGUCUCUUCACGCUGAUGAAGCAGGUCGUGCAGUCGUACGACAACUACGAGACGGCGCUCUCGCCGCGCCUCAUUCUCGGCAUUUGGCACCCGUGCUUCCUGGCGCCGGCGCUGGCGCACGUGCCGACACUGCGCCGCGUGCACAUUGGCGGCAGCCCCACGGCGGCGCGCACCUACUUCUGGGAGCACUGCGACGGCUUCUCGAUGUGGUUCGCCAGCCUCGUGGGCGCCGAGGGCCAGGCGUUCCUGCAGCAGGCGCGCCGCGACGGCAAGGAUGUGUUUGUGUGGACGGUGAACCGCAAGGACGAGAUGGUCGAGGCGACACGCUGGGGCGUCAAGGCCAUCCUCACCGACAAGACGGACCUCUUCCAAAACGUGCGCGCCGACAUGUCGCUCGACUACGCCUCGACGCGCAGCGAGGAGGUGGGCUUCUUCUUCCGCUGGGCCAGCUGGCGCUACUGGAUGCUGCCGCAGUUUGUCAUCCAGAGCAUGUGGAUCGCCAACCUCGAGAAGCGCGCCGGCACGACGUUCGAGACGAGCUGGCGCGCCAGUCAGGCACAGCUGGCCGCUGCCAACUACGCGACGCCCGCCAGCGAGAAGACGCCGGCGCCCGCUGCUGCUCAGCAGCCCGUCGCCUCGCCGGCCGCGUACGACCUCGACCUCGAGAAGGCGCCGGCAAUCGCUCACGCCGCGCCUGCCAUCGCCGCCACUGCAUGAUCCUUGAACCCCUCCUCAAC